AUGACCGAUCGUCAGCGGGUUCCUUAUCAGACUCCGCCGGCUCGUCCGCGUAGAUCUCCUCCACGCAGAGACCCUGAUAUAUCUCUACCUGGGGGAGGCUCCUCUAGGACUUCACAUGCAGAUCCUCGUGCUCAAAGGGUCUCAUCUUCUUCUGGUCAGAAGGCUUCGUCUACCAAGAAAGGAGAUCCACCGAAGGUUCCUCCUGGCUCUAGGUAUGCGGUUAGCCUCACCUCUUAUCGUUUGCGUGACGAUUGUAGGGGUAUGCAGGCUCCUCCUCCUCGUAAUGAAGCGUUGGAUGUUCCGCCUCUUCGUUCUAUGGAUCCACCUUCAAUGCCCCAACAGAAGCCUCUGCCUCCUCCUCCUGCGGUCCCUUCCAAAGGGAAAUCCUCCAAGGGUACUGUGUCGAAGGUUGAUCCACCCAAGAGUCUUCCUUCCAAAAGGAAGGCUUCAGACUUGAGUCCUCCGAAGAAUCCUACGCCAGAUCCCGCUAACGAGGAAGACGCUGCCCCAGUAAUACGAAGCGUCUCAGUUGGCAUGGAUUUUCCUUAUGACCUCAACGUUGUUGAUGGAGACGUUGUUGUUGGAGACGAGGAGGAGAGUUCCGGUGCUACCCUUUCCUCGAAGAGUACUGCAACUGCCAAGGUGACGAAGAAGAAGAAGAUUGGUCCUAAGCAAUCUUCUACUGUUGUAGCUGAUGAGACUGAGGUCCAUGAGGAGGUCACCAGCCCCGUGAACGAAGAAUUUGCCGAGGAUGAAGAAAUGUCUGAUGGGGAGGAACGCACUGAUACUACCGCUGGUGGCACCGGUGAUGAAGAACUUUCCCCUGGUGGCGACAACACUGGUGGUCCUCUUCCCGCCGUCUCCCAAGAGUUCUCCUUUGGUAGAAUUUAUUCCGUGGGGGAAACUUUUGAUGUGAAUGCUGCCAUGGGUCUUGCUUCAGAGUUCUCAUGGAUUUCCCCAAAUGAUGAUUGA